AUGUUAGGUCUUCGACAGCCCGUAACAUCUGAAAUGGUGGGUAAUGCUCUUAAUCUGGUCUAUGGAAACGAUUCAACGAUGUUUUAUAAAAAUAAUGCACAUAAUGCAGAUCAGAGUGGUGCUUCUUAUUUAAGUGGUUCACAACCGAAUUUGGGUUAUCACAGUCAAGCCAUGUCUAAUGUUAAUCACCUACAAACAUAUGCUUUGCACCGUCCCUGGAUACAGCAAUUAACUCAACAACCACAUGCUGCAGUAACAAAUGAAUUAAGUCAGGGUAUCCAGACAGUUAUGAAACCUCAACAAGUAGAUGCCACGUCUGAUAUCGAAGAUAACAGAAGGAAGUAUUCUGAUGAUGAUAUGAGCGAAGAUGGAAUGUCGGGGGAGCGUACGAAUAAGAGGCAGAAAAAAUCUGCUCAGAUGGCUUCAGGAAUAAAUGUGGUUACCAUUCCGGUGUCGACAACUUCUAACUUACCUGGAUUGGGUGUAGAACGAUCGGUAUUACAAGUUAAUACUGGUAUUCAGGAUAGUCAAGACAGAGAUGAAGAUAUAUCUAGCAAUGCUGUUCGUUAUGCUGAGACAAGAUAUGCGUUUCCCCCAUUUAUAGUAGUACCAGAUGGACAUUCUCAAGUUGAUAAAAUUAAAGAUGAGUUAUGUCUGUAUUAUGCGAAUAAGCAUAACAUUAAACUGGAGUUUGAAGGUAUUAAAACUAAUUAUCGUCAAGAAAUGAUAUUCUUUGUUAAAAAUCGUGAAUCAUUCAUCUGCUUGUUUGAUGCAGAAAAAUGGCCGAUGACUCUUGGUGGCCCGAAUUAUAAGAAAACGUUACCUCGUCGACUUCCCCCACAAUUUUUGUUAGUGAUACAUGAUGUCUCAUUAAGCAAAAAUAUUGACGAACUGUUAAAUGAGAUGCGACUGGCUUUUCCUGAUAUUGACAAUGCUUUUCGAAUGAAUAAUAAGGAAAAAAAGCCAACAAAGUUAGUACGCAUUGAUAUUAAGAGUGUUAAAACUCUUAUUGAGUUGGUACAAGUUCGAGGAUAUAUAUAUAGAUUAUGUGCGAUAUCGAGUUAG